ACCCUUACCCUGAAAUUACAAACUUUUCAGGAAAGCAAAAACAAGGUGUUAUGUAAACUCUUUAUUUUUUUCUCUGUAACUUCCUUUUCUUAAGUUAACCAAAUUCUUCACUCAUGUUGAUUAUGUUUAUGCGUAGCUAUCUAAGAAAUAUGGCUGAUCAGAGUGAACUAAGAUCAAAUGAACUCCUUUUGCCCCUACAAACAAAACAAGCAGCAAUAGCGCUAGGAAAACUUAUGUUUUUCAGUGUUUUGAUGUUUACAUUGCCUUUUGUGGCAUUUUUUGGAACUAAGUACAUACUGCAAGAGCAUUUUGAUGUUAUAGGUUUUACUAAUACUGUUUGGUCAGUUCUCUUCAGCGUUGUAACUGUAAACUUGAUUAUUGUAGCCUAUGCAUAUAUUGCUUACUUAGAGCCAGAUUAUGAUGAAAAAGGAAAUGUAAAAGAAGAAAGUCGAAAUAAAAAACAAAUGUAAUCUUAUUUAGUAGAAACAGCAUCAUACCUUUUGAAAUAAUGUGGCAAAUAUUGUUAGGUGGUAAUUAUAUCAUUAUGAAUAAAUGUUAUCAAAUGUAGUUCUUUACGGAAUUACAACAGCAUUACAAUCAUUGGUUUAAAUAAAUCAAAAUGUGAUGUAGUUUAUAUUAACAGUUAAUUUACCAUAUAUGUUUACGUCACAUUUAUCUGACUAUCAGAUUUAAUAUUAAUGUAUUAAUUUUCACCACUUCUAAGAGUUAAACAAAAAAUUUGUAACUUUUCUUUUUUGUAAAUUAAAAAACAAGUUUACAAACAAACAAA